CCGCAGACCUGGCACAGCGCCACGCUCCCAAAACCCGGGCUAGAUUGCUUUGAAUGUACGAAACGGCGCGUCCGAUGCGACCGUACACAGCCGUGCUGCUGCAAAUGUCGGAAAAAGGGCAUCGAGUGUAGCGGCUUCGGGGUCCGGCAUCGCUUCGCUCGCGGCGUAGCUUCCAGGGGUAAAUGGGCCGGCAAGACAAUGCAAGCUAUUUUUGACGAUGACGAUGAUGAGAGACAUGAGUGA